AUGGUCAACACUGGGAAACCUAGCAGAGGCUGUGCAACUUGCAAGAAGAGAAAGAUUAAGUGUGACCAAACAGAGCCCAACUGCACCGCAUGCCUCAAAUCAGGCUGGACCUGUCCCGGCAUUCCAUGCGAAACAGAAAUCAAUUUUCGUAAUCAAACACCACUUUCCAUCCGACGUUCUCGACUCUCAAGCCCCGUAAACAAUAUAUCCUUCACACCAGAUACUGUACUAGCGGCAUUCUCGAAGCCUGGUCAGGCCCUAUCAUGCCCAUUAGAGGAUGUGGCAACUUCUUUCUUCCUUCACCACUAUGUGUACCAGGGACUGGAUGAGGGUCUUAGUUCACAAAAUCUAUUCCGAGGCAGUCAUGAAUAUAUACCCGCUCUCCUUGCAGCUCCGGAUGUAACCCUUGCGCUCAAGUCUAUAGUGGCGGCCGCUGGUUUGGCCGCCUUGGUGAAUGCGGGUAACUCAGAAACUUGGCGAUUGGAUGCAUACAGACUCUACACAAGAGCCAUUCGCCAAUUGCGUGAUGACUUGAGCGACCCAGUACGAAAGAGGAUGGACUACACUCUAGCUGCAGUAAUGCUAAUGGGAACAUUCGAGGUAAUUGCCUCUGGCGACUCUCAAUCCAUGAAGUCAUUUGGACAGCACAGCCUGGCGGCUGCGUUGUGUAUCGAGAUGCGAGGCAGAUCCCAGUUCAAAAGCAAGACCGCUACAAGGUUGUUUAUGCAAAUGCGGCGAAUCAUUGUACAAACAUGUCACCAGAUGCAAGAGCCCAUUCCCUACGCGCUGCAACGUUGGUCUUCUUGGGCUGAAACCAUUCAAUCAGAAGACGAGUUCUAUUCCAAUCGGUUUUCAGAGAUCAAUGAGCGUCUUGCCAGCUACAGAGCAGCGAUAAAACAUGAUCACAUCACGGCCCCCUCUACAAUUUCAUCCAGACUCCUCCAGUUCGACGAAGAAUUCGAGAGCUGGCGCAGAAAUUUGCCCCCAACAUGGGAAUAUAAGUCUUAUCGAUCUGUACACAAUGUUAAUAACGACUUUAAUGGUGUAUAUGACAUGUACCCUGACCUUUGGAUAGCGUCCACAUGGAAUAGCUACAGGUCAGUUCGACUAAUGCUUCAUGAGACCAUCAUUGUAGCCACUCUCCAACACGGCUCAGACAAGGAGAAGGGCGGGUUGGGGUACUCAAUGUCGGUUCUAGAAAAGAUGUCUGAAGAAAUCUGCAAUAGUUCUGCAUAUUUUCUUGGCUUUCGACGACGUGGAACACGUCUCUGCGGACCAAUCGAUACAGGUAUUUCCUCUACGCCAGGUGGUUACAUGCUACUUUGGCCUUUGUUCUUUUCGGGGAUGCUGAGAACCACUCAGGGGCCGCGACGUCGAUGGGUCACCUCUGUAAUCAGGCGUAUUGGGAUGACCAUGGGAAUUCGGUUGGCGAUAUCUAUGGUAAAUAUCCUUGAUGCAUGUGAGAAAUCAUUUUCAGAUAAAGAGGUCUGGUUGAUUGGACAAUUCUACCCACAAAAUGUAAAAAGCCAAUAA